AAGGUCCGAAACUCUCACGCGCACUCCGCUUCUCCCUCUCCUCUUUUCCUCUCCAAAGCCUCAGCUCUCACUCCCAGUGGAGAGAAAAAAAAGAACGCGACUCUGCAAACCCAAAACCCUCCCAAUCCCUCCUAUCUCCUUUUUCUUCUCCGAUUUCGAUCCCCAAUCCUUAACCCCAAGAGAUAAUAUUUCUUCCGCUCCUCCCCUUCCGUCAACCCCACUAAAAGCCCGAUUCUUCUCUUCCUUUUGAUUUCUUUCUCGUCCGCUUUCUUCGCUUCUAUUGGUUUCUACUGGUCCCUUUUCUUGAAACCUGAUUUUUCCUUUCGUUUGAAUCUCUUUUUCUUCCCUUUUAGUCAAUUGUGUCGAUUUCUACUUGCCCUUGUUGUGGAGUGAUCCAAGAGAUGGGUUUUGCGCUUUUGGAAGUCCAAUUUGUUGCCAAAUUUUCUGUUUGGUUCCGAUGUCUCUACCCACUCUAGACCAGUACCUCUCCCAAUCCCUCCUCCCUUGCUUCCGGAGUCGAGAGGACGAGAGCGACGAGGAGCAGCAAGGGGCAAGGAAGAGCAUGUACUUGUCUGACAAGCCCCAAUCGGUCGAUUAUUAUAAAGAAGAUAGCCGCGACAUGAUGAUCCAGGUCGUCGGCAAUGGCGGGCUGCCGCCGCCCCAGCAGCAGAUGAUCCUGGCCGAAAGCAGUGGAGAGGACCACGAGGUGAAGGCACCCAAGAAGCGGGCUGAGACCUGGGUCCAGGAGGAGACGCGGAGCCUCAUAAGCCUCCGGCGGGAGAUGGAUGGGCUGUUUAACACGUCGAAGUCGAACAAGCAUUUGUGGGAGCAGAUCUCGGCAAAGAUGAAGGAUAAGGGGUUCGACCGGUCGCCGACUAUGUGCACAGAUAAGUGGAGGAACCUGCUGAAGGAAUUCAAGAAGGCAAAGCAUCAUGCGAAGGGUAGCGGGGCGGUGAAGAUGUCGUACUAUAAGGAGCUUGAUGAGAUGCUCAAGGAGAGGAACAAGAACCCAGCUUAUAAGAGCCCCACGGUCUCCAAGGUUGACUCUUACCUGCAGUUUUCUGAUAAAGGUCUUGAAGAUGCUAAUAUUUCAUUCGGGCCUGUGGAAGGAAGUGGUAGGUCAACACUCAAUAUGGACAGGCGUUUGGAUCAUGAGAGACAUCCUCUUGCCAUAACAGCAGCUGAUGAAGUGGCAGCCAAUGGUGUCCCCCCUUGGAAUUGGAGAGACACCCCUGCAAAUGGUGGCGAUAAUCAUACCUCGUAUGGUGGAAGGGUUAUUUUAGUCAAGUGGGGAGACUACACAAGAAAGAUUGGUAUUGAUGGCAGUGCAGAAGCAAUAAAGGAUGCAAUCAAAUCAGCAUUUGGAAUAAGGACUAGAAGGGCAUUUUGGCUGGAGGAUGAAGAUGAGGUAGUUCGUAGCCUUGACAGGGACAUGCCACUGGGAACCUAUACUCUUCAUCUUGACGAUGGGAUAACAAUAAAAAUUUGCAUAUAUGAUGAGACUGACCGCAUAACAGUUCGUACUGAGGAGAAGACAAUAUACACUCAAGAGGAUUUUCGUGAUUUCCUUAAUCGCAAUGGCUGGACUGGCCUAAGAGAGUUAAGUGGCUUUAGAAGUGUUGACACAAUGGAUGACCUUCGUCCUGGUGCUGUGUAUCAGGGUAUAAGACUCCUGAGUGAUUAGAGAGCACCAAAAAAAUAUAUGAUGACUUGAAGCACCAGACAACCAUAUACUCACGGGUUCACAAACUGUUCAUGCUGUUUGACCAUUGAGGUUGUGCAUUAAACUACUAAGAAUAGCUAAGUUUGUAGCUUUAAAUCAAGCAUCCUUCCUAAUGAAGUCACAUUGUCAUUAUCCAAAUCUUGUACAUCAUCUGAUCAAAAAUGUUGACUUGAAAAUUUCUGCUGCAGUUGGAUGUCCAAUGAACCAUUUCCACCCCUGAGAUGAGGUGGCUGACUCUACUAACGUUGUAGAUAAAUCUAUACAAAAUGAUUCUCUUUACAGAAA